UUCACUUAUGAAAAAGUCUUUAUUCCCAUAAUACAAAUUAAUACUUAAAUUUUUUGAAACGGAAGUUUGCAUUUAAAUUGAUGUUGUUUAUUAUUAUUAUAAUAUUUGAGGGAAUUACGGUUUUGCCAACUGUUUAUUUAUUUAAGCUAUUAUAGAAUCCCGCCGAGGUUAUUUCUGUUUCCCGUCGGUUACAGCUUACAGCGAAGGAAACCCGGGAAGGAAGGUAUCAAAACCGAAGUCAUUUGUGUUUUCACUGUUGUUUCUGAAGUGAAGAGAUUCGAUGAAAACGAUGCGAUUCAUGGCUGUAUAUACUGGACAAGUUUCAGUUGUUGUGAUCGACUAGUGAAGAAGACAGCGUAUCAGAAGGAGGAAAAUCAACUUAGCGUGGAAAGAACUCUUACGGAGUUGCUGGAAUCCGAUCGGAAGGAGGAGGAGAUAGCGUCUGUGUCGAAGAAGCUAGUUAUGGAUGAUAGUGCGGAGAAGUUUGUGAGGAGGAUAAACGGCUAUAUUGAUCAAGUUCGCUUGUAUGAGGAUCCAAUAAGGCAAGAGUCUGCAAGGAAAACUGUUCCUGUGGAAGAGCUUCAAGAGAAAGCACUUGUCUCCCUGGCCAAGGAGGGAAAGUACGAACCAUCGAAAUUGGAACAAGACCAUGCCUUCUUGUUGCAGCUUCUUUUCUGGUUUAAACAAUUAUUCAGGUGGGUUAAUGCACCUUCUUGUGAACAUUGUGGAGAUGCAACAACAUUUCAAGAUAUGGGCGAUCCACUUCCUUCAGAACUUCAGUUUGGCGCUAACCGAGUUGAAGUAUAUGGCUGUAACUCAUGCCAAAUGGUUACACGUUUCCCACGCUUCAAUGAUCCAAUAAAGCUUAUUGAAACAAGGAGGGGACGCUGUGGAGAAUGGGCCAAUUGCUUUACGUUCUACUGUCGUGUUUUUGGCUAUGAAUCUCGAUUUAUUCUUGAUCUUACAGAUCACGUUUGGACUGAAUGCUUCUCUCAUCUUUUAGGGAGGACUCCUAUUUUAGUGUUUCUCAAUGACCAGCGUCAUUUUUCAGACAUCCACCCUAGCAGUAGAAGGAAUUUCUUGUCUUCAGUCUAUAGUGUUCUUUUCGUGCUUGCUGUUGAUUUUGCAAGGAAUGGGCUGCUUAGAUCGUUAGCUCUUCCAUUUACAGUUUUGGAAUGGACGCUUCCAACAGUUCCACGAUCUGUUGCAGAGCGUACAACAAUGACAGCGGAUACUGUAUCUUCACCCACCAAGGCAUCAUUAUCUGAUUCUAAGACACCAAACUCAGAGGGUAAUCAAGAUGAAACGUCUGAAAGUUUUUCUUUUGCCCUGGUAAAUGGUGCGCUUGGAGUGUUUGAAGUUCAUGGGCGAAGAAUUCGGGACUUCAGAGAGGAAAGAAAUUUUCUAAGAUUAUUUUUUUUCAUAGUGAUCUUACUUUUGGCCAUUUGUGGAGAUAGGUUGGUUGAGGGAAGUGAAGAUGGGGGAAGCAGUUGGCAUCUUCUCGAUGAACAAACAAAUCAGAUGUUUGACAACCGUUUUCAACGUAGGAGUUUCUUUGUUGCCAAAACUGGUUACUUAUCAAAUGCUUUCAGGUUUACAUUCUUGACCGUUCGUGACAUCGACUCGACAUCAAAGUUCCAAAUUGGUAGCAUUGAUUUGUAUUCUCGCAAGUUUUAGCUCAAUAAAAAUGAGAGCUUCGAGAUCCGUAUGGUUCUCUUCAAGUUGGCCGAACAGAGUUCAUAAGAAAUCAUAUGUGGUCGAGAUGAUUUUGAAGGUUUGCUGCAGUGUGUAAAGCGGAUCUUCAAUAAUCUAAAUUGUGGAUCAGCAAGUAUGUCUGUUUGGUGAGCUAAUUUAUGGGUCAAAAAUGAAUAAAAAAUGAAUGUAACAGAAGCAACUAAUUCUAUUCCCCCUUUUUUAAAC